UUUGUGGUGGUUGUCACGAGGAUCCUCAUGUCCGUCGUCGUGCAAGCGGCGUGCGUCAUGCGCUCCGAUAUGACAUUCUUUCCCCUGAUGCUUGGCAAAAAGAUCGACAAACCACACAUGGCGUACAUCUCCGUAGUGUUGAACGACUGGAAGUACAGUUGUCCAAUCGUCUGGUCGUUCUACAGCACAGCUCUCGCGGCGGGCCGGGAAAACGGCAAGCUACGGAGAGAGGUUGAACAAAACCUGCGAUUGAAGUACUCCAAGGAGCUCCCCCCGCCGAACACGUCGUCAGAGCCCCCCUCUGAGAAAUCUAUGAAGUCUGGCAUCAAGAGUGGCAUGAAAGGGGUGGCGAAAGGGAUGACAGAUGUGGCGAAAGUCACCUCCGGGGGUUUGACUUAUCUUCUGUUUGGCGGGAAAGAUGAUAUGAGCAAUGAGAUGAGGGAGGAGCUCGAAGUGGAGUUGGACAAGAUCCGUCGAAGCAGACGCGCUCGAACUCGAUGGUUCCUCGCACUCACCUUGAUGAACAAUCCCUCGCUCAUCGCCAUGCGCAGACCGUGGGGUGGCCAGCCGCAGAACGUCGCGAUGCUAAAACCCUCCCACCUCCCUCAUGCAGUCAAGAAGGGCUGGCUGCGAAGGCGAGGCGGGAUCCUCGGCGUGGUGAACGAUGAUUAUGUGAUGCUCACGCCGGGCGUACUCUACAUCUUCGAGCACGACCUCGCCAGAAACCCCAAGGUGUACACCCUGUCUUCGAGGGUGCUGGUGCGCAGGUUGUUUGUAAGCGUCAGGGAUCAAACCUCUGGGGGAUGGCACUUUGGUGGUGACAGGUACGAGCCCGGGCCGGACGAGGUUGAUCCCCCCGACGCCGAGGACGGCCUCCGGUUGCCGUCCAAGAAAAUUGACGACAAGGAAAAGGGCAACAAGAAGAAGGACGACAAAGACAAGGGGGGUGAUGGGGACCCCGCCAAGUCUGCGGAAUCAAGCAAAUGGAAGCUGAGGGAGAAGCACUUCUUCGUGAUAUCCAUCCCGGGCGGGCCCAUGGAGGUGUUCGCCAGCGCAGACCUGGACGAUGUGACGGACUGGGUCGGCGCCUUGCGGGCGUCGUGCCUGGGCGCACCCGAUAGGUCCAUGCUCGCGGGGCUCAAGCAGGACUAAUAUCACCGUUAUUUAAUACCUUCGUAUAUGUCGAAGUC